AUGCCACGUCCUCUCAAGUCACGCAAAGUCACAGAUGAUCUCUCAAUAUGUCCUCGCGAGGGGACAGUUCAGCAACUCGCUGAUCUUAUCCUGUCUAGAAAGGUUGUUCAUGUCCGUGGCACACCGGCGAGUGGCAAGACAACCCUAGCACAGUUACUCAAAGAUCACCUUUCGGGUCAAGGACGGAAUGUGUAUUUCAUGGGGACAUGGCGCGAUCUUGAUACACUCUACGAAGCCCUCCGGAUCCAUGGGACAAACUGGAGACCAUGCUUCGAAGCUGUCCUCAUCAUUGAUGAGGGUCAGACAUCCUACAAUGAUUCCAUUUUGUGGAAUGAAAUCCUCAAACCUCGAUGCUAUGGUAAAGGGGAGGAAAUCAUGUUCUGUCUUUUCUGCUCUUAUGGGAGUCCUUCCACCGGGGUGGAGACCACCACUUGUGAAUUUACACCUGCUAUCCUCAACCCGCGCAACGGAACGCCAAUCAAACUUCAAACAGAUGCCAUCGAGUAUCUUUUCUCUUUCACGAAUGGGCACCCCGGUGCAUUAGAGUCUAUGAUGGAAUAUUUCUUUCACAUUUUACCGCUCUAA